GAGAUAGAGAUGGCACAACAACAGAGACCACAGAGUAUAAAGAAGGUUAUGGAUGUAUUGGGUGACUUCAAUCCUUCCGAUGAUAAGAUAAAGAAGACAUUGGGUAUUGAUGAUCAAGAGUACAAGAUGAUACAAGAUGAGCAACAAGAACAAGCAUGCAUGGCUGCCAAAGACAGAAUACCAAUCAACAAGAGAGAGACACGCAAGGCACAGUCAACCCUGGGUCUCAACCUAUCAAAGGAGAAGUUGAUGAAUGUGUUGGGUGUUGAUGAGGAUACAAUAACAGAGGCAGAACAGGAGGAAUCAGAGUUGAGAGAUAUUAAGAAGAGGAAGCUGAUAGAGAGCAUUGCACUUUCAAACAAGAGAGCAUUGAAGAAGGCUUUGACAUUGUUGGGAUUCAAUCCAUCGUCAUCCAAAUUGAUGAGAACAUUGGGUGUGUCAGAGAGUGAUUUGGCCAAGGACGUAUCAGCAGACAUUCAAUACCAACAACAAUUGAACAACAUCAUCAUCACAGCAGAGAUCACACUCUUCCUAGUCAUUGUAUAUUCAUUACUGUACUAUUUCAAGAUG